UGCGUCACAGUAGGUAAACCUCAUUUUCGCGUUCAUUGGUUUGGGAAACGGCAGCGGAUUUUGUAUCAGCGGCAAAAUGACUAGAUUCCAUUUCUCAAACCGUCUGGUGAAGAAGUUUAAGAAGUCGGGCAAAAAGGGAGGAACAGCCGGUCCCGCCGAUAUUCCGUCAAACACUGCUGAGGCCGGUGUAAUGGAAGAAGUAAUGUCCAACUUGGUUCUGAAAAAAGCCGAGUCGGACACCAAGAACUCGUGUAGCAGUACAAGCAGCUGUAGCAGCUUUGAUGUCGCCAGUGAUAUCACACAACACAGUGUGGAGAGGAUAUUCCAGGAAGUGGACGGCCAUCUGAGCGUGACGGAGACCCAGAAAUACUCGGAUGCCGUGGAGGCGCUCAGUGAGUCGGAACUGAACAAAAAGCUGGCGGAGGAACUGGAUCAACUACAGCAGCUGCUGGAGGAUGAAAAGAAGGGAGAGAUCCACACUGACGUCAAAAACGUGGACCCCGAGGCCGAGAUCCCCUGGGAGCAGACGCACAAACGCGUCCUCACCAUGACGGUGGAAACCCACAAGCACAAGCAUGAGCACGAUGAGCAUCAUCAUCAUAACCACGAUCCAGUUCCUGUAAAUAACCAGGUCCCCAGCAAUCUGGCGACUACCCUCCCUAACCGAAAAAUCCCCCUCCAUAAAGAGUUCGCCUGCACCAACCUGGCCUGUACGGACCCUCACUGCUCUGACGUCAUGUGUGGAACUAAAGUCACCGAGAUCAAGAGCCACAACUCCGAUCCCGAUCUUUAUUCCUCCAAGUAUGCCCUGGAUACAGCCGUGGCACACACUGAUAAGACAGUGAAAAAAGUGUCUGAGCUUACUUCCCAUGAAAAGGAUCACUAUUACGGCAAGCCGAUCUUAUUUGUCAUGGACUCGAGGAACAAAUUCCAUCCUUUGACCCGAGAGAAGGAUGCCCACAAGGUGGUUGAUAAUGCCAAAGGCUAUCAUCCAACCAAGGCUCAGGAAUACGUCGUCAACGCGCUUCAAGAGAGCGAGGAUGCCCAUAUUGCGGCCCAUGAUAUCUGGACUGGCAAAUUCAUCCGCAACUGUCAGGAAGAGAACCUAAUGACCGAUGUCAACAUCACCAUCGGUGACGAACUCUUCACAGCCCACAGGAUUAUGCUUGCGCAAUUUAGUACCUAUUUCCAAGAACUAUUUUGCAUCUCGGAGCGUGACGGUGCCUUACCUUUCAAUUUGCGAUUAAGAGGAAUCACUGCGGAUGCAUUUGAAGCCUUUUUGCACCUUGUGUACAUGGGAGACUGCGAAAUAACACCCGAAAUUGUUAUGGACGUUUCCAUGAUCGCCAAACGCUUUGGGGUCAAAGAGCUACGACAAAAGGUAGCGGAUUAUUUGAAUUCCAUGAGCACUGAAAAUUGCUUGGAGAUUCUCAAACAGGGAGUCGUAUCUCAGAGUGACACAAUGUACGAAGUGGCCUUUAAAACUGUAGUUAGAUGCUUCAAAGAAGCUGCAAAGAAUGUCAAUUUCAUGGAACUCCGCCUUGAAACGGUAGAAAAGAUCCUCUCGUCAGAUAAUCUAGUGGUGCAAAACGAGACAGAAGUAUUUAACGCUGCAUACAAGUGGGUCAAAUAUGACCUCCGCAAGAGGGAGCAGUUCUUGUCAAGGGUCAUGGAGUGUGUUCGAUUCGCUCACAUGGAGCACCCCGAGCUCUUCCUCAUCUUCAGUGACACCGAUCUCCUUCAGAAGAACGCUUACUGCAGGGAUCUUUUAUUGAAAGCUAACUGGAUUGUGACUACCCGUAUGUUGCACAUUGUGGAUCCUUUUGAGCUUCCGUGUCCAAAGAAGAGAGAACCAAUCGGUCUCGAUAAGAGCCCUGAACUUCAGAUCAUGAGUGGAGUGACCAAGGAAACGAAAAAAUCAGAGGGAGUUAAACUGGAACCCGGGGACCUUCUAGCUUUUGGCGGAUUCUUCUCGGGGUUGGAUAAAACAAGGGCCAUUGAAGGAGGCAGGAAUAUGAUGUUGUACAGUGUGUCCACUCGCACUUGGACAAAGUUAACAGAACUUUCAGAACCACGGGUUCACCAUGCCGCUUGUGUCCUCAAUGGAAAGAUUUACAUCUCCGGCGGAAGUAACCCUAGACUGCAGAUACAGAACCCCCGGGCUCUGUCUCAGUGCAUCUGCUUUGAUCCAUACACAAGGAAGUGGUCCACUGUUGCACCACUGAGGUCAGCUAGACUCAUGCACUGUAUGGUGGCUCUGAAUGGACGUCUGUAUGUGAUCGGGGGCCAGGACAUUAAUGAUAGAUUGCUGAAUACUAUGGAAUGCUACAACCCGGGCACGGAUACAUGGGUGUGGAUGCCCACCUUUCAGGUCCCUCGCCUCGCCGCCGCCGCCGCGGUGAGCAACGGGAAGAUUUAUCUGGCCGGAGGAUACACCGCGGACAUUAAAACCAAAUCUGGUUCUCCUAUAUCAUCUGUACUAGAGUGCUUCGAUCCGAAAACAAACAAAUGGACCCGGUUAGGUGAUAUCCGUGUUCCGCGGUGUCACGCCGUGAUGGUAGAGGUUCGCGGUGAUCUGUUUCUGUGCGGUGGCGCCACUAGGACUCAUGGUACCGAUUUCACCACUGCCGCCAGUCUCCGAGAUAUUGACAAGUACAACAAGGAGUAUGAUAGGUGGGAGAAAGUGGCGGAUCUUGAUACCGAGAGACAUGCAUGCGGUGGGACUGCUGUCGGUGAUAAGAUUUAUAUCUGCGGUGGUGCCUGUACAGCCCUAGGUCAUAUGCUGUAUUCCAUGGAGGUGUAUGAUACUGUCUCCGAAAAAUGGGAAAGAUCCGCGCCCGAUUGUCCGAUCCCGGGAAGAUUUCUUUCAUUAGUCUCGGUCCCACCCAACGGAAAUUAGAAAACGGAAAUGAUAUUUUCACCCUAUAGAAUUAAAUGCAGAAAAAAUUGUUGAGAUUUUUAUAUAACUCAGGGAAAAGUUGUAGCACGGAAUAUUUGAAAGCCAAAUGAUUGUACUUAUAAGUGAAUGUAUCAUUGUAUAAAGACAAUAUUUAUGAAAACUGUAUAGAUUUUAAAGCAAUAAAUGCAAGAAAGCAAAUUUAA